AUGGAUUUUGUCCCUCUUGAGAGCUUCGAGUUUCUGAACUCCCUGCUCCAAGGCGUCGAGGCGCAGGGGUGCCUCAUGACGGUGCGGGUGGAGGCGUUCACGUGCCGCAAAACCCGCAAGAAGAAGCAACUCGCGGCCUCCAUGGCGCAGUACGCGAACGCGAACACCCCGCCACUCGCCCCCGCCCCGAACUGCGGCGUGUCGCCCCCGCCGCUUGAGCUGGGCGGCGCCCUGCCCGUCGUCUUUGAGCCCGUUGACCCGGAGGCUAUUGACGAGCGGCUCGUCUACCUCGUGGCCGCCCUGAACAGCAUCUACGGUGACGAGGGCUACGACUUCUCGGUCCUCACGGAGGAGGACUUUGUGGUCUGUGACGAGGCGCAGGUGCGGGCCGAGGUGGACGUGACGCUGCACUCCAUGCCCGACUCCUGCCUCCCGGCGGUGCGGCAGUUUUGGACGCUCGUGGGCGAGCAGGUGAUGGACGCAGCCCAGGGGUGCGAGUACUUCCGCUUUGCGUGCCCCAGCUGCGAUCCCAUGGUGUCCCGGUCCCUGUUUUCGCAGCACUACUUCCUCUACAACAAGCGCCAUCGGCUGCUCGUGUCCCUCCUCCUCUUUGCCGAGGGGAACGCGUACCGUGGCGACGAUGGCUAUAUCGCCGGCAACGGUUUCUACGUGGAGCGCGACGACGCCGCGGCGGAAGGGGAGGGCAACGAGUGCGGCAGCAGGGCGUGGCGGGACAGCCCAGAGCCGCCGUCCUCGGACGACGGCGUGGGUGGCAAAAACCGUCAGUUCUACUGCGGCUACUGA